AAUAAAAAUAUUUUAUUUUAAAAGUAUCCAAGACAAAUAGAAAAUGUAGAAAUCUAUUUUAAAUAUUUUAUUAAUAGUAUAAUGAUAGAAUUCUUUUUAUUUGCCUAUUUCUUGUUUAUCUUUUUGUUUUAUUGUAACAUGAAAGUUUGUCAUUUCCUUCGCGAAGACAAAUGCGAAGUUCUUUGGAAUACGAGUUCUAUUAUUAGGAUUUACCAAUGUUGCUUGAUUCAAGAACAAAAACCUUCUCCCCUAUGCUGUCUGUUCUUUGAUAUGCAUCUAAAAAGUCGCUUCUCCUUAAAUGUGCUAUCGCGACCGAAUAAAAUACACUCACAAAUGGGUGGCACUGACAAAAACUCGAGAAUGAAGGGACGACGAUCGAUAGAAAUUUUUAUCGGAUCCGCACACCUCGCUGUCAAUAAUUUUCACAUAUAAAUGGUAUAUUUUUGAUAAAGCAUAUACUGCUGACAAGGUUAACAAGGUUCUCCUAAACAAUAAAGAUGCCUCGAGUAAGGAGACAAGUGGUCUUGGAAGAUCCUGCCAGGCCUGUCACACCAGACAUGGUGGAAACUAAAUUAUUGAAACAAGAGUUUUUGGACGAUGGCUCUUUGGAUGAAGUUCAAGCACAAAAAGUGGCUGAAGAAACACCAAGUCCUCAUCUUCAAGACCAUCAAUAUGGACAAACACCUUGUUAUCAAGUAACAAGGAAACCUACACAACCACCACCACGAACUGAACAAAUAUCAGUUCAAGCAGUGAAACGAAGACUGAAUCUGGAAAUGGGAACCACCGGUCCUAGCCAAUCUGCCUUCAAAGCCCCUAGAGGCAAACGUAGGAGAUCUGGAUCGAGUUCUCUGGCUGGCCACACUCCUACAAAAAGUAAAACGGUAGAAAGAACGCGGUACGAUACAUCACUGAGCUUACUUACAAAAAAGUUCAUACAUUUAGUCGAGAGCAGUCAAGACGGUGUUGUAGAUUUAAACGUAGCGUCUGAAAAGUUAGAAGUACAGAAACGUCGUAUAUACGACAUUACGAAUGUAUUGGAAGGCAUAGGUAUUUUGGAGAAGAAAAGUAAAAACAAUAUACAAUGGAAAGGUGGUCAGUUACCAAACGAUAGGAACGAUAUCGCUGAUCUCAGAAGGGAAGUGGCAGAUUUAGAAGCUAAGGAAAACACCUUGGAUCGAUUGAUUCACGGUGCAGACAAAAAUCUUAGGGAGCUCUGUGCAGACAGACAAUACGCUUAUGUAACGUAUCACGAUUUACGUUCUGUCCCAAUGUACAAAGACCAGGCUAUAAUGGCAGUAAAAGCUCCGCCAGAAGCCACACUUCAUGUUCCACAACCUAUCAAUAACCUUGGUCAGCAAAAGCUUCAAAUGCACAUGAGGUCAUCUCAUGGCGAGAUAGAGGUGUUCCUCUGCCCUGAUGAUCCUACAGUCAAAACGUCUCCCAAUCCGGGUUACACGACGACGCAACCUGUGCCUUCGUCAAAAGAAUCCGAAAUACCUUGUCUGCCUCCUGAACUUCUAUCCAAUGAAGAAAGCGGGGUUCGGGUUGAACCAGUACCUUCUGUCGAGAGUUCGUUGAAUACUCGUUUGUCCACACCGGUUGCAUCUACAGUUACCAGUUUAGCAGGCAUGAGGGACGCACUUUUGUGUGAAUCUGAUGAUUAUGGACCAAUGGGUGGAGGCAAAUUCCAACUCCAAACGGAGGAUCAAAUUAGCACUUCAGAUCUAAGUAUUCUUGAUUUCGGUGAGCACCUGCUGUCUCUGGAACCGCCUCUUUCCGAAAACGACUAUUCGUUCGCGUUAGGCACGGAGGAGGGACUUUCGGAUCUCUUUGAUUUCAAAUUCUAAAGGAUAUCGUCCUAAUCGUCGUCGUCGUGACACGCAAUACACGCAAAGACCCCUGUCUUUUUUGGACUACCACACUGAGUUCGCCUCCUUAGUAUUCAAACGGAUAGAGAUCACUUGGUUAAUCCAAUAAUACUAGCGCUUUCGUAUCGAUUGACAAUUUUUAUUUUAUUAACAUCAAAAGGGAACGAUCGAGCAGAAAACGUAGCGUACGAUUCAUUCAUCGGCCCAUUAUGCGAAUUGGGAUAAAAAUAAGGAAAAUAUAGGAACAGGGAUAAUCCGGCAAUUGUGUCUCAAACGCAAAUCAAAUUCACGUUACAAUAGAAAUGGACAUGUUGCUCUGAUAAUUUUUUUUAUCAAUAAUAAAUAAUUCUGCUUCUUAUAUAGUUUUUGUAAAGACAAAGAAAGAAAGAUGGACACGUGUGUAAAUAUAUUAAAAAGUAUAUAGAUAGAACGUGUUAUUCGAGUACCGAAUAGUAUUUUAUCAAAGGUGUGUUUCACGAGCGGUAAUUUUUCUUUUUAUUUUUCUUUUUUAAGCAGUUUCCGUGUGAGAUCAACUGCACAUAGUUGUUAUCACGGUCGGCCCGUAAGUUUCGAAAUUCGGCCUGUGCGAGGAUAAGAAAAGUAUCAAAUAAACGGAGAUUGGGAUGGGGGAGGGGUGGGGGGAGAAACAUAUCACGCUAACGUUGAACGCGCGCUGUGAAGUACUUCCAGCUUGAUACGGUCGCGGCCGAUUGAGUUCAUGGGAUUAAUAAGCUCGUAGAACAGCCCAGGUGAAGUUGAAGCGCCGCUUUCUUGUGCAAUGUGUGUACUAAUAUUGUAAAUGAUGUAAGAGUAUGAAGACUAGUUGUGAAAAAGAACGGUUGAUAUAAGAGGAAGAAGAUAUAUUUGAAGUUUCAAAGAGAGGAGAGACUGGUACGAACAACUACGAUGUUUCCCUUUUUCUUUUCUUUCUUUCUAUGGUUAAUUAAUCGAAUUGUAUAAAAUGAGAAAUUAUUAUUAUUAGAAUCGAUAGCGUAUGAGAAGAAGAAGAAGAAAAUAGUUUCGAUGAAAAAAGAUCCCUCCUAGAAUAAUGUUUCUAUCGAUAUAUAUAAUUGAAAAGAUAAGAGCAACGGAAAAAACGUUUUCCGGGCGGUCGCCUUUCUCUUGUCACUUGGACUGACUGAUUGUUCUCUUUUUUCUAAAUCGUGCGCUUUUACCGCCGAGAGACCGCCGUCCGGAAUGGUCGAAUUGUAAUUAUUAAAAUAUUUGUCGAGGCGAUCGAUGCGUACAGUAGGCUUUAUCGACGAAGAAAUCGUUUGUAAAAAGAGAAAAUGAUGAUAAAAAAAACGGCGUGAGAGGGAGAGAGAGAAAGAGACGAAGAAGAUGAAAAGCGCGAGCGGCUGAAGGCAUAGUUUUUAUUCUAUAUACUUUUGUAAUCGGUCGAAUUUUCCGAAUAGAGAGCGACAAUUUGUACAGUAUGAUGCAUGAAGAAAAAAAAAAAAAAAAGAAAAGUAUAUCUAUUAUAAUUGAAUUUAUCUAUCGGUGCGGAUGAAGAACAUUUUGUGACAUGUAAAAAAAAAAGAAAAAAAAAAGAAUACACACAUAACGAACACGUACAUAUAUGAAACAUUAUCAUCUUACAGUACGAUCCUACCGAAAAAAAUAUUAUUCAGUCUGGCUAAUAGAUCAUGAACAUCGUGUCGAAUCAUCGUCGUGUUGGAUUAGCUUCUUUGACGAUGUCGUAACGAACACGGAGACGAACUCGAGCGUACGAUGGGAAAGGAGCGUAGGAAGCGGAGGAAGAAUCGUGUAAAAGCAGAAAACCUUAGGGCGUAUCGUUGUAUGCAAACGCACGUAUAUUUAAUUCGAGUCGUAACGAUAAAGAACGUUUAAGAUUCUUUUUCAGGAUACAGUGUUAUUCUGAACCUGAUUUAUAAGAAAAAAAAAGGGAUUUUUCGAAGAGAAUUUUGCACCAGUGUCAGCCUUGACUUCUGCCGCGUGAAACGACGUGGAAAAAAGAAAGAAAGUUCGAAAGAAUCAGCGUUUCGUUGAAAAAUUUGAUUAAGUACGAGGGAGGAUCAAGAUGACGAAUAUUUGUUCCUUGAGGAAGUCGAGGGCGCAUUGGAGGGAAUUGUCUCAACUGGAAAUCUCUUAAGGAUGUACCCUAAACGUACAACUUACAAUUAGUGUACGUCCAAAGCCAUAGUGCCUACACAAUAAUGAUCACACCCUUCUGCAAAAGAACUGUAAAUAAUUUACAUACUAUGCAAAAAUAUAUGAAUAUAUAUAUAUAUUAUAUAUAUAUAUACAUACACACAGACAGGCAAAAUGUAAGAACGUGACGACCCCGAUGGACAAAAACGGAAAUAAUAGAGAAAGAAAAACCGGAUGCUGCGAACACCUCAUUGCGAUUAUCACGAUAUAUCGAUUAGUUAGUUUUAAUUACGAUUAAUAAUUAAUUAUUGGUACAUUACACGAGGAAAAUGUUAGUUUAUAAAUUCACUUAUUAUAUAUAUAUUAUAUAUAUAUAUAUAUAUAUGUACGAUGUAUAUGUAUAUGUAAUAAGUACAUAUGUUUUAUAGUCAAGCGAAUAUUGUGCAGAAUAAUCGCUGGAUUCUGUUUACUUGCAAAACUAGGAAACUUAUUUUCUCCUUUUUUUAAAAAGCAUGGAAAACGCGAAAUGUUUCUUCCAACUGUACGUUUAUUUAUUUCAACGAACAACUGCUCAUUUUUCAGAGCAACAGAGAAAACUAUUAAAUAUAAUUUUCCCUCUUGUGGUUUUAUCGUCGAAUGAAAUAAAUAAGAUGAAAAUCCUUGGAUAACGUUAUUUUGCACAAUGUUCGUAGCGCGCAAUACCUGUCUGCAACAGAGAGGGUUGUAUUAGUUUCGUUUCUCGUUUCUUUUUCUUUCUUUUUUCUUUCUAUUAAAUUAAUGGUAUCGUGCUUUUCUCAUACGUAUCGUGCAACAAGAGGGUAAGCAAAAGGGAAAAAAAGAGAAACAAAGGAAAGAAGAAGAAGAGGAAGAAGAAGAAGAAAACGUGAAUCGAGAGAGUGCGUGAGCGUGUGUGAAUGGACGUGAUGAUCGAAUGAUGAUAAUUGAUACGAAUGUUCGAUGGUCGACGGUUCGAUUAACGAUCCCGACACACCGGUGAGAAGUUGCGAUAUUUUCUACCUGAAUGUUUGCGGGGAUCUCGGCGAAGUCUGAGCGCGUCCGAGAUUUUAAGAAGUGUAAUAAUGGUUUAUCGAUAUUGUAUUUUUUAUUCUGUUUGAAGAAGGACUACGUUGUAAAAAACACAUCGAUUAGAAGGGAAAAGAGAAACAGAAAAAAAGAAAAAGGACGAAGCUACGAAUAACGUUGUGACGUUUUCAGACUUACCGGGAUCCGUUUACAAUAACUUAUCGCGAAGAUGGCAGUCCAUCAGUUUUCAUUUUUUAAACCCGAUUAUUCGUGAAAAAAGAAACUUCUGGCUCGCUUCUGGCAGUCUGUCGAAUAAGACGCUUCUCGUAUUUUACAAUGGACAACAGAGCCUUUCCUUGAUUCUUUUUUCUUUUCUAUUUUCGUUUAGUGGCAGUUUUAUGAUCUUCACUUAACGCGAUCUAACUCGGCCCUAAGCAUCGAGAAUAAAUUAUUAUUGUUGUUAGCGGCGAGCAACAACGACGAUUCGAUUAUUUAAAUUAUCAAAGGAAAUGUAAAAAAGGGAGUAUAAUAGAAACGCGUUGCUUUGGAUAUUCUUGUAUAGAUAUUCUUUUUGGAAUUCGUUCGAUUCUAAUUCGUCGAUGAUCUUUUUCAUCGCUAUUCGCGUGCACGCAUUAUACACGCAAGCAAAUACACUUUUCUACGAAUGUAUUUGAGAGACUGUUCAGAAAUAUUGCUGAAAAAAGUACAGAAAUUAAUUCUGAUCGAUUGUCUUAGAAAGAAAAAAAAACAAAAAAAAAAAAAAAAUUGAGCGAUGUACGUACCAAUACGACGAAUGAGAAUUUUGUCACAUUUUACGGGCAUGACCCGUCGAACAGUAAAAAGAAGACGAAAAAAUGAAGAAGUUACAAAAUAUAACCUUGUGUAACGUCAUAGGGAGAUGUGAUGUUUUUAAUUUUCCACAACCUUUGUGUUUUGCUUAUCACGCCUUAUUAGACGAAAAAUUAUGGUUUUCAUUUACCUUGUUAUAUACAUAUAUAAAGCAGUAAGAGGAUGUAUUUAUUUUUUCGAAUCGGCAUUUCCGUUGUUCGACGUUAAACACUCGUUGCUCGACUCGAUUUUAAUUGCUACUGUAUAUAAUUUUGCACCGGAAAAUUCGUUCGUGAAAGUUGUGUACAAGUUCUAAAUGUCUAUAUCAAAAUAACGAAUAAUGUAGCAGAAGAAAUAUUUUUAUGUACGUUUAAUACGUAUAACGGUAUGAGAAAAUAAAGUAUCAAAACUUGA